AUGCCUCAGCGCUCCAAGACCUCGUCAUCAUCAAAUGUUUCGAAAUCUAGCAGCGGCGGCGGCGGCUCGUCGCGCAGCGCUGCCAAGCGUCUAGUCAAGGAGCUCAGCACCUGGAACGAAGAGCAAAAGGACGAGCGCGGAAUCGAGCGCCUCGGUCCCGUGAACGAUGAAGACCUCAUGGUCUGGGAGGCUGUAAUUAAUGGCCGAGAGAUUGGCCACGGUUACGACGCUGGUCGCUGGCUAAUUCAUAUCGAUAUCCCCGACACAUACCCGCUCGCUGCGCCCAAGAUGCGCUUUGUUACGUCCAUUGUGCACCCGAACAUUGCGCUCGACACGGGCGAGAUCUGCCUCGAUCUGCUCAAGGAUGCCUGGACGCCCACGUACAGCGUGCUGGAGUGCGUCAGGGCUGUGCGCAUGCUGCUUUCGUACCCGGCCACAGAUAGCCCGUUGAAUGUCGACGUUGCUGCGCUGCUGCGUGGCGGCGAUGUCCUGGGCACGAGAAAGCUGGUCGAGUACUACUGCUCAGAGCCGGAGGGCUACUACAACGGUGCCUAG